AUGUAUAUAAUAGAUACUGGUUCAUGUUCCAAUGAUGGUGAGAUCAGAUUGGCCAAUGGUACAAUAGAGCAAGAAGGUAGAGCUGAAAUAUGUCUCAAUGGAGUAUGGGGUGGUAUCUGUCAAACUAGUUGGGGUACAUCUGAUGCUUUGGUAUUCUGUAAAGGACUGGGAUACAGGGGACCAAAUCCAACCACAUUCUAUGGUGCUUAUUUUGGUGAGACUGGAGGUCCGAUUAUAUUAAGUAAUAUUGGUUGCUCUGGAUUCGAGACUGGCAUUCAACAAUGUAGCAAGAGUAUACAACCAAACUUCAAUUGCACACAGCAAAAAUCAGCUGGAGUGAUGUGCAAAGACUCUUGCAGCAAUGGUCAGGUGAAACUAAGAGGCAGCAAUGGCCCUAGUGAAGGAACUGUUCUUGUCUGUUAUAAUAACAUGUGGGGCUUAAUAUCAGAUACUGCAUGGAGCAAUGGAGAUGCUAGAGUUGUCUGUAAUACACUUGGAUACAAGAAUAAAACUGCCAAACCUGUAAUUGGAUCACAUUUUGGCAAGACAAACUUACCACUACAUUUUAAGCAUGUGUCAUGUUUUGGCCAAGAGACUAGUAUUAUGCACUGCUCUAAGAUCAUACUCUCACUUAAAAAUGGAAAACUGGCUCUCAACACUGAUGAUGUAGCUGGGGUUAAAUGUAUAGAUGAUGAUGGUGCUGACGAUGAUGAUAAUGUUGGAACAAGGCCUAGGGGCUGCAUUGAGAUCAAUACUGUAGCAUUACAGUGUCAGUCUAAUGGUACUAUCAGAUUGGAAGGUAGUGAGGAGAGAGGGACUGGUAGAUUAGAGUAUUGUUAUAAUGGAUACUGGUCACCAUUCUGUAAGCUGGACCCUGUGACUGCUUCUGUUGUCUGUAAACAGCUUGGAUUCACUAACUACACAGCUGCUUCAAUUAUUCCCACUGAAAUAUCUCAGAACUUCAGCCUAUUUGAAAAUAUCACAUGUGCUGGUACAGAGUCUUCCUUAUCAAACUGCAAGAUUCAUGCAUCAAAAUGUCUCAAAUGGUGCAGUGAAGUUUUAGCAAUAAAAUGUUUCAAUCCUGGUAUGUGUACGAAUGGUGAUAUUAGACUAGUUGAUGGUAUCAUUGAGAAUGAAGGAAGAAUUGAAAUAUGUACUGAUGGAGUCUGGGGAGCU